CGGUUAUCCAGUCUUGAGCAUUCUUCGGUUAGAGUUAUAUUUCUUGCCAGGUUGUAUAUAACUCCCAGUAGAAAACUGCGAGGAGGAGGGAGUGUUAAUCGUAUAAUUGAGGUCUUUGGUGGAUGUUCAUAUACAAUGUGAGACGUGACACACUACAACAAUAUGGCGGGGACAAAAAUUAUUAGCCUAGUCCUGUGUAGUCUGGGCGUGUUCAUGUCAUUUCGGCCCCACUGGAUAUAUAUUGAUGAAUUUAUCCAGACAUAUUAUCGGAAUAUAACAGACGGUGAAUUGUAUGACACGAUUUAUCCUGUGAAAGAUUACUCUGGUUUGAUUUUGUUGAUUAUUGUUAUUUUAGUGACAGAUUAUGUUAAAUAUAAACCCAUCAUAGUUCUUCAAGGAAUUUUUUCAAUGAUUUUAAUGUCGUUAUUGAAUUGGGACCAACAGAUCAUUCCGUUAAUUGUUUCGCAAGUUUUUCAUGGAUUUAUCAUGGCAACAAACAUUGCAUUUUAUGCAUAUAUUUUUGCGGUUGCCGAUUCAGAGAAAUAUAAACUAAGUACCUGUUUAUCUCAGGUUUCUGUUUUGUUUGGAAUUUUCCUUGGUAAUUUAUUGGCUGUUUUAUUUUUAUCUUUGAAUAUUACGGGCCUGGGCACAAUUAACCUCAUUUCUUUUGCAUUCUCUGUUGUUACAUUAAUUGUGGCUCUGAUGUUGCCACACGUGAAACCUCGGAUACCAACAACUAGAGAAAUUAUAGAGAGAGAGCUUCAACUACCUAAUGGUCUUUAUGUUCCCGAAACUGUUACAAAGAGUCCUUGGGAAGUUGAUCGCAGACCUUCCAUGCAUUCUACAGGCACUCAGGGUAUUAUGGACACAUACACACAUAUUAAUGACCCAGCAUUCACAGCCUAUGCACGGUCCAACAUGUAUAGUGAUAUAGACACAAGUUCUCUUGGUUUCUAUGGAGAUUAUUCUAUUAGUGAACGAUAUACCACUUCCAUUGACUCAGAAUCAAAUGAAAACUCAAGGGAAGAUAACUCUAUUACAUCUGAAGUACAUUCAAGCCAACCAGGUACAACACAGAAGGACAAAAUAAAUAAAUUUCUAAAAGAUUUAAAGAAAGCGUACUCUGAGAAACUCGUCAUCUAUUGGUCAAGUUGGCUAGUCUUCAGUAUUUGUGGCCAUCUGAUGUUAGAAGAUGAUUUUCAGAGACUUUUAGAUGAAAUUGUUCCUGGUCGGAAUUCUCCUCUGGUUUAUGAUGCAAGUGUUUCCACCCUGGCGGCAUUAUUAGGAAUCAUACCAGUGAUGAUAUAUGGAGUUACAAAAGGAACAUGGACAGUGUAUAGUGAACCUAUUUUAGCUAUUGUAGGGUUAUUUACCUGUCUCUUAUACUGUCUACUAGCUAACAUCAAUAAUAUCUGGGCAAUAUAUUCAUUGUAUAUCAUAUACUACCUACUCUUUCAACUUAUGUUUGUUGUGGCUUUAUAUCAGAUUGGUGAUGUUUUACAAUCUAGACGAUAUGGUUUUAUUUUUGGUAUGAAUUUGUUUAUAGCUGUUUUUUUAAAAGUUAUUUUACAAUCUAUACAAGGUAACAGACAAACGUUACAUCUGCCAAUUACAACACAGAUUACUGUGAUGGGUGGGAUAUUUGGACUUUUUGGUUUAAGUUUUUUAACAAAGAUGUUAUAUUCACUGAUAGACCUGUAUAGACAAAAUGGAGGCUGUUGUGGGAACUACAGCAACCCCCAAGACCGUGACUUGUUGGUUGCCAGUACCUCAUAAAAAACCAAUGCAAAGUGCUUUUAUUUAAUAUUCCAAAUUAUUUUGAUGCACACCAAUAUUUAUUACAACACAACUUGACAUUACAUCAUUGUAAUAAUAUGUCUAAGUGUAGUAAAGGAUUUUAAAGAUGUUA